AUGGCCCCCGAUCAGAAACUCCCUGGGGUGCGCUUGCCACAGCCCUACAAGACAUCUUACGCACUUCAAGUCCUCUCCGUAGAACAUGGCCUGCGGACCUUCCAACUGCGGCGUGCCGCUCGUGCGGAUGAUGGCAUUCCCCCUCCUGCGUCGCUUGAUCAUGCUUCAUUGAAAUUCACAGACCUGGCCCAGCCCGAUUCGACCAUCACCGCGCAUCCAGGAAACAACUCAGCAUGGGCUCGCGCUCAGCGAAGCCCAAUCACCAAGCUCAGCUGGGACAGCACCGAGGCACCAUCAAUCGGACAAAUUUGGAACGUCAUCUACGCCCUCCUCACCCUUUGCACCGAUUUUGAGAUCUUCCGCGUCGUGCUCUCAGGAGAGGGCAAGGAGCUGCUGGCACAGGAGUUGCAGGCAGUUGGUCUUGCCACGGAGCACCCCGAUCCCUCUGCUCCCCCAGGUCAGCCGGUGCCAGAGUCUACAGACCAUGUCGGUCAAUUGGUCGUCUUUCGCAGCAUGUUCUGGCAGGGAGCUGGCUCCCCGUUCGGAACGCGACCGGCGUGGAUUGUUGGUUCUGAUACUGAGCAGCCCUUGCCUCGUUCUGCAGCAGCCUACCCGACAUUCCCGAUUCAACAUACCCUGACGACCAAGUUCCCUGACGUCCGCGUACAUGCUGUCCACCCGAUUCGCCCUGCAAAGCCAGCCCCGGGCUCGCGUAUCUACAGUCGCUACAUUCCGCAUUUGGAUGAGUUCUUCUCAAUCUGGGUGUUGGAUUAUACCAACGAGGAGCAUCUGAAGCUGUUCAACAAAUGGCAGAAUGACCCCCGGGUGGCUCAGGGCUGGAACGAGACUGGAACCCUAGAUCAGCAUCGUGAGUAUCUGCGCAAGAUUCACGAGGAUCGUCAUCAGAUGGCGGUGCUUGCCAAGUUUAAUGACACUUUUUUUUCGUAUCAUGAGAUUUACUGGGCUAAGGAGGACCACCUGGGAGCCAACUAUAACGCAGACGACUACGACUGCGGCCGCCACUCCCUCGUCGGCGACCAGCGUUUCCGCGGACAACACCGGGUGAUGGUCUGGUGGUGCAGCAUCAUGCACUACAUGUUCCUCGAUGAGCCUCGCACAAAUUACAUCGUAGGCGAGCCUAAGUUCACCAACCUCGCACCACUAGCCUAUGACCAUGCCACGGGCUUCAACAUCGAGAAACUGGUCGACUUGCCGCAUAAGCGGUCAGCGCUGGUCAAAUGUCCACGAGAGAAGUUUUUCCACAUUUCACCGUUCCGGUUCGAUGGGUCGGAUCACUUGGAGCGGAAUCCGUUCCGAGCGUUGAAGCUGUAA